UCAUCCGAAGAUGAUACCAGCAGUAAUUUGGCUCCUAAUUCUUUUUGGUCUCUUUUGCAUUUACGAUUGCAAGAAACCGGCAAACUUUCCACCCGGUCCAAGAUGGCUGCCACUAGUGGGGUGUUUCCCAAGAUAUCAAAGAGUUCGGAGCAAGUACAACUACAAUUAUAUGGCAUUUCAAGAACUUUCGAGGGAAUAUGGUCCAAUUGUUGGAAUGAAGCUUGGAAAACAGAAAUACGUUUUCAUCUGCACACAUGAUAUGGUGAAGAAAAUGCUUCUUCAUGAUGAUUUAAACGGCCGACCAGAUGGAUUCUUCUUUAGGGUCAGAGCUUUUGGGAAAAGAAUAGGGGUUUUAUUCACUGAGGGCAAUACAUGGUCUCAGCAUAGAAGAUUUACAAUGAGGCAUUUGAAAACGUUCGGUUUGGGACAAGCGACGAUGGAAAAAAAUUUGAUUUUUGAAUCAGAAUGUUUGAUUGAGUAUCUUCGGGAGCAGAGCAAAGUUGGUCCAGUUGCAAUGCAUAAAGCCUUCGAUAUUGCUGUGCUCAAUGCAAUUUGGACAUUGUUCGCUGGGCAUAGAUUCGAUUACCACGACGAAAAGGCUUACGAUAUUUUGAACGUGGUACAUAAAGCAUUCAGAUUGACGGACACCUUGGGUGGGAUCGUGUCCCUCUUGCCGUUUCUUCGUUUCGUGAUCCCGGAACUCUCCGGAUACAAAGAGCUUCUUGACAACUCUCAGAAACUGUGGGAAUUCAUCGAUGAGGAGAUUUACAGUCAUGAAAAAGACAUCAAGGCUGACCAACCUAGGGAUCUUAUCGAUGCCUUUCUUAUGGAAAUCAAAAGUCAAAAGGGUUCAAGUCUACAAAGUGAUUCCAUCUUCAAUAGACAAGAAUUGGUAAUUCUUUGUUUGGAUAUCUUCCUGGCUGGUUCGAAAACAACAACGGAUACUCUGGGUACAAUAUUUGCAUUUCUUUCUCUACAUCCUGAGUGGGUAAAAAUUCUGCAAGAUUCUUUGGAGAAAGUCGUUGGGAACAAUCGCGCACCUUCCUUGUCUGAUCGUCCUUUAUUGCCACUUGUGGAUGCUUUUCUAGCAGAGUGUCAGAGAUUUCUUCUACUAGCUCCACUGGGUGUCCCUCACAAGGCCACGAAAGAUGUGAUGUUCAACGGCUACCGAAUUCCUGAGGAUACAGUGAUCCUCCCAGAUUUUCACAGCGUUCACAAUGACGAAACUUAUUGGGAAAAUCCUGAAGAAUUUCGCCCUGAACGGUUUUUGGACGAGAAUAACCAAUUUCGACAAAAUCAUGCUGCUAUACCAUUUGGAAUAGGUAAAAGAAGAUGCUUGGGAGAAGCAUUAGCACGUUCUUCUCUUUUCCUAUUUUUCACUCAUGUAAUACACAAUUUCGAUUUCAAAAUUUCUCCAGAACAUGGUGCUCCAAAUCCAAAUGGUUAUGACGGAUUUACGAUCUCUCCAAAACCAUAUUAUUUGAUAGUCUCCCUUAGGUCUGACAUAAAUCAGAACAAGAUUAAAGAGAAUAAAGACGAGAUUGUGAAAAAGUAAGAGAACUGAUUUUUUUUAACUUCUUUACACAUGUAACACUAAAAUGUGUCCGUAGAUCUUCACAAAAGAGUGCGGAAGACUUUCUCAUAUAAAACCAAACACGAUUCAACGGUCCGACUUGUCCACAUACACUUUGCGAGAAAGUGAAAGAAAUGAGAGAGGACCAGGUCUUUAUUAACAAUAAAAAAAAAUAAAGAUAAAGAUCAUACAAGCAAUCUUGACUUGGCACUUAUGUAAACCAUAUAUUCAUUUUAAUAGUAGAACCUAAUUUAAGUAUUAAGCUAUUAUGACUUUUUCUAUAUAAUUUAUAAAGGAGGAGAAUCAUAUAGCUAUUU